AUGCCGGGUUCUAAUUCAAGUCGACUAGCAUUCAACCUCACCAAGUUCAAGGCCGCCGCCCGGCGCGAGAGCCGCAAGCAUGCAUGGGAGAUUCCCUUCGUUUCAAAGCCAAAUCGCGCAAGCACGACUGGCGAUUUAGAACAAGGCAACAAUACUCAAGACUUGAGACAUAUACAGACUGCACCCGGAAGAAGCAGUAGGACCAACGACGAAAUUGUCGAAAGCCCAUCAUCAGCACAUGGCUCGACCAGUAUUGACCACAAUGGCUCAAUAACGAGGCGCAAAAGCAAAACGCCAAGCGAGAAGGAGACCAAUGGUGGACCUAGCAGCCCAAGGAAUCAGAAGGACGACAAGAAGGAGGAGCCCAAGCUCAUGCUGGGUUUUAUCAGACACGUUGAACCAAAGGAGCCGUAUACUGUCGCCAACCAACUACGAAACACAGUUUUCAACUCCUGGCUCAAUAUUCUCUUCGUCGCCAUCCCCGCUGGAUUCGCCUGUUUCUACGCCGGAGUCGACGGACGUAUUGUAUUCGCUGUCAACUUCAUCGCCAUCAUCCCCCUCGCCGCCCUGCUUAGUUUUGGAACCGAGGAGGUUGCUCUGCGAACUGGUGAGACCAUUGGCGGUCUGAUCAAUGCUACAUUUGGAAAUGCUGUGGAGCUGAUCGUCGCCAUUGAAGCGCUACUCAAGAACGAGAUCGAGGUUGUCAAGACUUCGCUGAUUGGCAGUAUUCUUUCCAACUUACUACUGGUUCUGGGCAUGUGCUUCUUCUUUGGUGGCUUUGGUCGUCAGGUGCAGUACUUCAACAAGACAGUGGCUCAAACUGCCGCCAGUCUGCUCGCUCUGGCCGUGGCUAGUAACAUUAUCCCGACCGUGUUUGCGGAAUAUGUCAGAAAUGACGGAACAAACGGUGAACAGGUCGACAACAGGGAUAUCGCUUCCCUGUCUCGCGGUACCAGCGUUAUUCUCUUGAUCGUCUAUGCUGCUUACCUGGUCUUCCAGCUCAAGACUCACAUUGAAGUUUUCAACGAGCCUUCGCAGAAGGUUGAGAGAACUCCUCUCCGCAAGCGAGCCUCCAAGGAAGGUGUCGAUGCCAUGAUCCAGUCUGCGACCGCUGUUGGCGCCUCGACUGGAGCUGCAUCCUUGAAGGACAAGGACUCUGAACAAAGCCCUCUGGCCCAACUUCGUCGCCACGAGAACACCGAUGACGAGGAAGAGGAGGAAGAGGAGAAGGCCACGCUCGCGGGCUGGGUUGCCAUUCUGACGCUUCUCAUUUCUACGAUUCUGGUCGCCUUCUGUGCCGAGUUCAUGGUUGAGGGUAUCUCUAGCAUUACUGAAAGCGGAGUCAGCGUCGAAUUUGUCGGUCUCAUCCUGCUUCCCAUUGUCGGAAACGCUGCCGAGCACGCCACUGCUGUCACGGUUGCAAUUAAGGACAAGAUGGAUCUUGCCAUUGGUGUCGCUGUGGGCUCUUCGAUGCAGGUUUCGCUAUUCCUGAUCCCCUUCCUUGUCAUUGUUGGCUGGGGCAAGGGUAUCGAGGAUAUGAACCUAGCAUUCGACACCUUCCAGGUGGCAGUCGUUUUCGUGACUGUGCUGCUUGUGAACUACCUGAUUGCUGAUGGCGAGAGUCACUGGCUAGAAGGCUUCCUUUUAAUAUGCCUCUACUUGAUCAUUGCAGUAUGCUCAUGGUGGUAUCCUACCAGCGGCGAUGUCGUAUAG